UUAAUGUCACGUGGUUGGAUUACUAGACAAAUCAAAAAUAUAUCUGGUCAGUACAAAUCAAAAAGCUGUCAGUGUGUGGAAACUAAGCAAACUAAACAACUAGUCUUACAUGUAUAGUUUACCAUAAAGACUUCUCUUAUUGGAUAUUUAUAGUUAUUUUUCAAAAAGAGUGUGGAUCGUUUACAAAAUGGUAACUGGAAUUACUUCAUUGAUUGUUUUCACCCUAUGUACAUUUUCGGGUGUUGCCGGACACAUUGCUUUGAAAUUUCCACCAGCACGGAAAUAUGCUUUUGAUUUCAUGGAUAAUAUCAGGACUAUUGCACCAUGUGGAAUUCCAAAAGGCCUUGGACCCGUAACCGAUCUAUUAACUGAAGAAACGAUAAAUGUCCAGUGGCAUACAGCUUAUCCACAUAAGGGAGGUUACAGAAUAGCGUUAUUAGAUCAUAAUGAACAAGAGGUCCAGGUGUUUACAUCAACACAAAAUGGCCGUUAUACUGGUGCAAAUGAUCCAACAAUUUUAAGUCAUCAAAUAACUUUACCGAAUACAGAAUGUCGCAACUGUUCCAUUCAGCUGAUAAGACAGGCUGGAGAAUGGACAACAGGGAACUGUGGAGAUUAUAUCUUCUAUUCCUGUGCAGACGUCAAUAUACUACCAUCAAAUGUACCAAAUAGGCGGUGUGGUAGUCAUACUGACAUGGGUAGUAUGUGUAUGUGUAAUAGGACUUACUCUGGAAAACAGUGUACUUUUAAAGAGGAUUGUUUGACCAAUGAAGACUGUCACAACCAUGGAGUUUGUACUCAACUGGACACAACAUUUUAUCCCAGACAACAGUGUUUCUGUGAUAGAGGAUGGCACGGCAGACAUUGUCAGCAUAGAUCUGCUGUUGCUGAGAAGAUUACAGAUUUUUCAAGUUAUAAAAAGACAGAGCUUUCACCAGAAUUCAAUCUCUUCCAUAAAAUUCUUCCAAAUGAUGAAAUAGAAAUGGUUAUGAGAGUGAAAUCUACAACAUGGAUUGGAAUUGGAUGGAGACCCAGUAGUUUUAGAUCUGGAUGUCAAUAUUUUCCACAUAUUCCUGGAGUGGAACCAAGGCCAACAGCUGGGCCUGGGCCUGAACCUGAGCCAUCACGAGAACCUGAACCUGAGCCAUCACAAGAACCUGAACCUGAACCGACUUGUGGUGGGAGAUGGAAGAACUGUAACAGUGAUCAAUGUAACUACCAUGCUCGGUGGGAAUAUGAUGCUUCUCAAGAUGAAAUCAAAUUUACAUUGUCUGCUAUGGUUACAGAAUCACAGUGGCUGGCCAUUGGAUUCUCUGAUGACAAGACUAUGCCUGCAACUGAUGUUUAUAUGGGAUGGAUUGACAAUGGACAAGCAGUGGUAUCUGACCGAUGGGCCACAGUAAGGUUUACUCCUACAGUAGAUUCAACCCAAAAUGUCAAAGAUGUACAGGGUAGAUACACAAAUGGUAUGGCCACCAUCAGUUUUACAAGAAAGAGGAACACUGGUGAUAGCACGUUUGAUGUUAUGUUCAACGACACGUAUUGUCCUUAUUUCCUGUUUGCCUAUGGUGGGAGUUACUCAAAGACAACAUUGGGAGAUUAUAGUGUUACCAGACAUUCAGCAAGAUAUUCUUCUAUGGAGCGUAUAUGUGUCAAGGCUUGUCCCACCCCAGAGCCUGAAUCUGAAAACACCCCAGAGCCUGAAUCUAAAUCUACACCGGAACCGGAAUCUGAAAACACCCCAGUGCCAGAAUCUGAAAACACACCAGAACCAGAAUCUGAAUCUACAGCAGAACCUGAAUCUACACCAGAACCAUACCUACCUUGUGGUAACAGAUAUGCAUAUUGUGUUAGUGGAACCUGCUUUAAUUCUGUAGUCUGGAACUAUAACAGAAUGAAUGACGAGGUUACAUUUACCGUUUCAGCACAAAUGAGUUCUUCAGAGUUUGGAUGGGUCGGUGUUGGAUUCACCAAUACUCAGGCUAUGUCAAAUGCAGAUAUUUACAUGGGUUACUACAACCAAGCUGAUAAUUCAUAUGUUAUUAGAGACCGACAAGCACCUGUUGGUCAUGGUAAACCUGUUAAAGAUUCCAUACAGAAUGUUGUGGCACUGGAUGGAAGCUAUGAUGGUACUACAGUGUCCUUCACCUUCAAAAGAAAGAGAAUGACCAAUGAUACAACAGACUAUCAGUUCAAUAAUACAAAUUGUCCAUACAUUUUGUUAGCCUCUGGGGGUGCAUAUGAUCCAAGUACAGACGAACCUACAGGCAAACAUGAUCGUCGAUUUGUGUCUCCCACUAAAAUGUGUAUAAAUGCUUGUGAUUCCACCACAAUGACAAAAGCAGGAGUUUGCCCAAGAGUAACCAAUCAGAUGAUGGGUACAUGUGUGGAGCAGUGUUCAUCAGAUGACCAGUGUCCAAUGAACAAGAAAUGUUGUUUUAAUGGAUGUGGUCACACAUGUUCAGAUGUCAUUGAAUCAGGACCUACAUCAGAACCAGAGAGAACUCCUGAACCUGAAGUAGAGCCUACUGGUGAACCUGAGGGUGAAACAGAGCCUACUGGUGAACCUGAGGGUGAAACAGAGCCUACUGGUGAACCUGAGGGUGAAGUAGAGCCUACUGGUCAACCUGAGGGAGAAGGAGAGCCAACUGGUGAACCUGAGGGAGAAGGAACAUGUGGAAGUCGACCAGCUGGAAACUCUGACACAACUGGAAAUAAUCCACAUCCUAUGGACUGUGUUGACAUGGUUGUGGGAACAGCUAGAGGAAACAGAAGUAGAAUUGGUGACUUCUACGCUCAUGGAAGAUCCACACCUAUGUAUGAUUCUUUUUAUGGAGGAAAGGAAAAUCUAAUAGGAGCAUUUGGAUAUGAAGAGAAUGGAUAUACAACAAUAAUCUUCCGUAAAAAGAUGACAGCAAUGGAGAGAGCCGACUUGCCUAUUCUAGAUGAACACAUGCAUGUGAUUUGGGCACGAGGACAAGAUCAGGGAGAUUAUGUACAUAGUCCAGCUACUGGUAUUGAUGGUGUUCCAGCUUCUUCUCUCAACAUUCCAAACUAUUACAGAGACGACGAAUUCAAAUACCAUGGCCAUAGAUCUCAUAGAGGUGUCACCAGAAUCAACUUCAGAGAGGGUGCAGCUACACCACCACCAAAUGGUCAGUGUGCUGGUUCCUGGGGAACAUGCUCUACUGGGAACUGUCAUAGAGUCACAUGGGCGUAUGCUAAUGACAUGAUUUCCUUCACCAUUACUGCGGACUUAGAAAAUGACCAGUGGGUUGGCAUUGGGUUUAAUACUAUCAGAGCAAUGAGUAACACAGAUGUCAUAAUUGGAUGGGUUACGUCUGAUGGACAAGUUACUAUAAUGGAUAUGAAAAAUCCCAGUUCAUAUGGUAGCCCUAGGGCUGAUACAAGCCAAGAUAUCUCUGAAAUUCAAGGAUCAAGAAUUGGACGCAGAACAACUUUAUCCUUCAAACGUCCACGUACAACAAAUGAUCCAGCUGAUUUUAGUUUCUCUGAAACCAAUUGUGGAUACCUCUUUUUCCCAAAAGGAGGCAGUUUUGAUGCUACCACUAAGUCAAUCGGCAAACACGAUCAGACACCUGUUAUUUCUUCAAAUAAGAUAUGUUUCCCCUGUCAAGGUGGAACCCAAGCUACUCCAGCAAGCCAUAUGUACACUGUAAUGAUCAGAAUUUUGGGUAUACCAUAUAUUGGUCAAUAUGGAAAUAUCAACACACAGGAAUAUUUGAAUCUGAAAAGAGAAGUUGAAAAUGAGGUUACCCAGUUGUUUGCCAACAGUCGUAGAUUUCAAUCAGUUUGGAUCAUACGCUUCAUAUCAGGAAGCGUUAUAGCUGAACUUGGUAUUGAAAUGGCGGGCAAUGAAGCUGAGACUAAGGAUGAAGUAAAUAGCAUGUUGUUAUCAGUUUUAGGGGAAGGAAGACUUGGUGGAUAUACAGUUGAUGGAAGUCAUAGUCUUGGACUUGGAAAUGCUAAACCUGUGGAAAGACCAACACAGUCACCUAUUGAAGAAGAAGAUGAGGAAAUACACAUAGCUGUAUGGUUUAUUGUGGGAAUAGCUGGUGCCACUGUUCUUCUCAUCGUUGUUUUUGGGAUGUGCAACUGUAUGAAAAAGAAGCCAAAUCAGUCUGAGAAAUAUAAACAAUUUCCUAACAGCAAUGGACAACAAACAGGAAACGAACAACAGACAGGACACGGAAACCAAAAUAGAAUGGUUGCAAGUCAACAAUAUUAUGAACCAAAGCAAGUCAUUUAUGUUGAAAAACGAGCAGUAAAACCACAGCCUUAUGAACAAUGGGUUGCUGAUAACAAACACCAUUCUGUUGCUCAGAAGAUGCAUUAUGAAAAUCCAGGAUAUGAACAUGCAGAAAAGGGGGAAUAUAGGAUUGAGACAUCAUUUUUGUAAAAAAGGUUGAGACUAUUACUAAUGACCAGUUGGAUCGUCUAAAGAAAACUUAAGAAUAACAAAAAUGUGUAUCAGUAUCAGAAAGUCUUUUACUAAAAAUAAAAAUAUUUGACUUGAUUUAAUAUUAUAUUUUUCAUUAUCUUAUAUUAACAUAUUAAAGUAGCAUAUUUGAAUGUAGACUUUUAAUGUUCUUUAGACAAUGGGGUGAAGAUUACUGUAUAUAUUUUCAUGUUUUACCAAAUAUGCUGGCAUAUCUGGAUUAUUUCAUUUUUUUACCCAGAGAUUUGUAUUCAUAUCUAUAUACUUAUAUAUUUUCUAUAUUUUUUAACGAAGUGUUUUUUUGUAAUUGUAUAUGAUAGCUUGAAAUCGCAAAAAUUAUUAUGAAUAUGUAAUGCACUGUCUUUUUAUUCGCCCGUUUACGGGAGGUAUUAUGGUAUACCAUUGUCCGUCCAUCCAUCGUCAACAUGUCGAACAAUAACUCAAAAACGCUUUAACCAAUUUGCAUGAAACUUUGGUGAAUUGUUUAUGUCUAUUGAUGUGAGCUUCCUUUGGAUUUUUAUAAAUUUUAGAUUUUACGUUUCCGAGUUAUGGGGUUUUAUUUAUUAAAAAAGGGGGAUUUUCCAGUUUUCGGACAAUUACUCAAAAAUGCUUUGAGCAGUUUUCAUGAAAUUUUGGUGACUGGUUUAUAUCUAUUGAAAAACCGAUGGCGUAUCAUGCACUCAUGACUGUUUAUUUUAUUAUGAUAUAGUACCAAAUAUUGUGUAGAUCUCUUUUUAAAAUAAAUAUUCAAUAUUUGGCAUUUUUUUUGGCACUCAUUCUUAGAAGAAAUAUCUGAAAGCAAGAGCAUUUAUGAAUUGAUUUUAAAAAUAUUUCAUGCUGAUAAGUAUAUAUAGUAAUAUAAAAAAGUAUCUAAAUGUCCUGUAGGCUGUUCAGAGGUGCUGAUCAUGAUAAUUGUAUUGUACUUCCAUACAAAUGACAGAAAUGCAGACAUUGAUGGAAAUUAGUUAGGAAGAUUUGAUACAAAUUCUUGUUUAUUAAUAACAUCAAUGUGAUAGUGUAUCUGGAAGUAACAUUUUGAUGAUUUAUAUAAAUCAUGAUAUUUGAUAAAAACUUCAUUGGAAAAAUCUGAUCAAUGCCUUCAAAUUUCACACUGCAUUUCUCAUAUUUAUUCAGAUGAAUAAAGAAUUUGGUACUAUAUCAUAAAAUGUUUUUUACUCAAAUAUUGCUCAAAAAGUCAUGCAAUUUAAUGAAUUGCUCUUACAUGAUAAAUUAAAAAUUAUUAAAAAUCUCUACAAGAUUUUUCUUUUGGAAUUUUCAGAUUUAAACAAAAGACUAUAAAGUAAUUUUGUAAUGCCAAUACAGUUAAAGUAUAAGUACUUACAAAAAAAUACUAAGCUCUGUAAAAAGUUAUCAACAUUUUUAUGAUAUUGCAAACAAACAAAAAAAGAAGAAUUUUACCUCAAAAUAACCUCUUUAGGGUCAGGAUUUGAUUGUUGAUAUUGGAACUACUCACUGUAAUAAGGGCUAUUCUGUUAAAAUCAAUGGAGUGAGGGUAGGAUGUGAAGUUUGAUUUUUGGAUGGUCCUAGGACAUUGUGGUUGUAUGUUCAUUUGAUGAAUGGGACUCAUAGAAAGUAUAUUGGUUGUGAGGGGAUUUUGGAAGCAUCUUCCUAGGCACCAACAUCCUUUUUGAUCAAAUACCUGUAGAAGCAUUAUUCAUAUUUGUUAUUUGAAAGUCACAAAUAGUAGUGAUGCUUUCUAUAAUUCUAAUAUUUUUCUCCUUUUUUUCCCAUGUUCUAUUUUAAGCAUAAUGUUGGAUCAAAAAGCUUGAUGUCACAAUUGAAUUUAAAGGGUCAGUUGUAUUUUGAAGUCCCCAGAGAUGAAAAUAGACAUUCCCAUUGGUUGCCUGCUAUUUUUUAUAACUUUUAGAUUAUUUAUGAUUUAUCAAAUAUGUUUUAUGGGUCUGUUUGGAACGUAACAUUUUUUUUGUAUUAGACAGUUAUUUCAUAUCAUGCUCUAUGCUAUUUAAACAUGGGUAGGAUUAUAUUUGUUAAUAUUUUUAUAGCUGGUGUAGCGUUAGUGAGGAAUACAAUAUUGACAAAAUAUAAAAUCUAUCUGUUUUAAAAUUAGCAUGCAGCAUGACAUGGAAGAAUUUUUUCUUAAUUUUAUCACUGUAAAUAACAAGCAUUUUCUUCUUUCACUUUUCUAUGUAACAUCUAUAUAUCAGAGUAUCACUGAUGUAUUUAUAAAGUAAGAGAAUUUUUUCUCUGAUUAUUUUAAUUUAUGGCACAAAUUUUCAACAAUGCUUUAUUUAAGAAAUAAUUCAUGGAAGCCAUAGAUUUGUUGGACAUUUACACAUGGCCUGGGCCGUGAUAUUCGAAUUUUAUCCUGAGCGUUAGGGAGGGAUAAAAUUAACGAAUAUCACGACCCAGGCCAUGUGUAAAUGUCCAACAAAUCUAUGGCUUCCAUGAAUUAUUUCGAUUCUAAUAGGACAAAUACGGUUAUUUAAAAACUGAAGCGAAGGUAAGAUUGCCAAGUGUAUGGCUGUUCUAUUUUGCCCCCUGUAAGAUAAAAGCUACAAAUUUCAAAUAAAUCUAAGUCUUACAUGAAUUAUUUCUUAAAUAAGCACUAGAAAAAAUGUGUUCAAUUCUCAUAAUUCUUAACCCAAACAAUUUUUUUUCGUUGGCAACUAUUUACUGUCAAAUCCAGACUUGACAUGUCGUAACUAAAGAGUGAGCCGCCAUGUUGACUUGCUAAAAUCCACAAAUGUGCAAAUAAUACAAUGGAAUAGACAAUGAAACAACACUUACCUCAAAACUCCAUUUUAAUGCAAUAUUAUCCGAAUUCAGGGCGUAUACGUAAUGGAAAACCAUCAGCUUGAGAGUUUUCAUUCGUAUGACGUCAUGUUAUGACAUGACGUUAAUGCGCCAAGAUUAUUCAUGAAAUUUCGCGGAAUUUUAUUUUAUUUUGAUUUUAUACAUGUUUUAAGCUUUUGUGAAUUAAUUCUUUUUGUUAUGCAUUAUAAUAGGAAUAACGGUUCUGUAGUUUCUUUUUCAAUUUCAAUUUGAACACAACGAAAUCGACAUAGUGUUUGCACAUAGGUUACGAUACAUGUGGAUUUACGUUGGAGGUAAAUAGUAGCAGCCACCAAUAUGCACAUCUCUGAGUCUGCGCUAAGUAUAGAUAUAUCGAGAAUUUUAUCACGGUGUUGUUUACAAAGCGAAAGAAGCACAUCAUAUUAGAAUUCAAAAUAAUAAGGAUUUUCUACCCAAGGAAUAGUUUACCAUAGCUGUAUUUGGCAAAACCUAUCUGAAUUUUGGGUUCUCAAUUUUCUUCAACUUCAAACUUCUUUGCCUUUUAUUUUUUUUUAAUCAAGCGCCACUGAUGAGUCUUGUAGACGAAAUGCGUAAUUGGUGUACAAAAUAUCAACCUGGUAUCUUUGACGAGUUUUUUAAUUACACAUCAAACAAGUAUAUAUACAAGUUGACAAAGAUUAUAUCUCUGCUAUUGUGUAAAUGAAGAUCUUAGAAAUGGCUUACACUUUGUCACAUAUUUGUCAUCUUAACUGAAGUUUGUAAAAAAUCAAUUAUAAAAAUAUAAGCAAGUUGGCGAAAUCCUGAUUAAUAUCCCAACCAUCCAAUACGGUGACCAAAAUAGAAGGGAUAAAUCUAUUUCCUAAUUUAUAGCGAUAUGUAUUGCCAUAACAUAUGAAAAGGAAUACUAUCGUUGUUUCUAAAAAUUAACAUACAAUCAAUUUUUAUACGCCCGUCAAAUUUUUGACGGGACGUAUUAUGGUAUACAAAUGUCUGGCGUCCGUCCGUCCGUCUGUCUGUCCGGCGUAAACAUGUCACACUGUAACUUGAGAAUAACUUAUCCAAAUUUCAUGAAACUUAACAUAGUUGUUUCUUAUGAUGGUCAAACGGUCUGUAUACUUUUUGGUGAAAAAAAGAUUAAAACUUUUUGAGUUACAGGACUUAGUAACUAAAACAGGUGUGUGUUUUUUUUUCACAUGUCACGCCGUAUCUAAAAAACUAUUUAUGAUUAUUGCUUAAAACUUUACACACUUCUUAGUUAUAUUAAUCUUAAGAUCUGUAUACUUUUUGGUGAUGAUUCAAAAUUUUAUUUUAGAGAUAUUGAGUAUUUUGUUAAAAAAAGGGGGAGGGGUUUUUCACAUGUCUUGCUGUAUCUCAAAAACAGUUUAUGAUUAUUGCUUAUAACUUUACACACUUUUUAGUUAUGUUAACCUUAAGAUCUGUAUAUUUUUUGGUGAUGAUUCAAAAUUUUAUUUUUGAGUUAUUGAGUAUUUUGUAAAAAAAGGGGGAGGGGUUUUUCACAUGUCACGACGUAUCUCAAAAACGAUUUGUGAUUAUUGCUUAAAAUUUUACACACUUCUUAGUUAUAUUAAUCUAAAGAUCUGUAUACUUUUUGGUUUUGAUUCAAAAUUUUAUUUUUGAGAUAUUGAUUUUUUUUUUUUUAAAGGGGGGUUUUCACAUGUCGCGCCGUAUCUCAUAAACGAUUUAUGAUUAUUGCUUAAAAUUUUACACACUUCUUAGUUAUAUUAAUCUAAAGAUCUGUAUACUUUUUGGUUUUGAUUCAAAAUUUUAUUUUAGAGAUAUUGAGUUUUUUGUUAAAAAAAAAGGGGGUUUUCGCAUGUCACGCCGUAUGUCAGAAACUAUUUAUGCUUAUUGCAUAAAAAUUCACACACAAGACGACGGGCGUAUCAUGCGCUCAUGGCGCAGCUGUUUAUUAUUUUAAAUCCUCCAAAAUUCUUAGAAUUACUUUUCUUUGCAAUGAAGAGGACUGUCCUGGAACAAGAUACUUAAAAAGAAGAAAGUUUGACACAAAGUCAUAAUCCUUAUUUUGUUUAACAAGUUAGUUAUCAACAGUUCAAAUAGUCAUCAUAAAUGUUCAUUAUUACUGGAAAGAAAUGACCAAGAAAGAUCCAGUUGAUAAAUAAAAUAAAAUUGUUAAAGAAAAAUAUUAAGAUAUCGGAGAAAUAUCACAUGAGAAAGUUGGGAAAACAAUUUAGACGGAGAGUUUCAUGUUCAGUAAGUACAGUAAAUAGUUGAUAGCUUAGUUAUAAACACACUGUAAACAACACAAUAGUCAUUUGAAUACCAAUUCCAAUAAGGCUAAACAAUGAAAUUCAUUACUAUAUAGCUUGUAACAGAAGUAAAGUGUUGUGUGCCAUAAAUUUCUUUACCUUAAUUUUAGUUUAUAUUUUGUUUAAAUAAAAGCUUUUAUCAUG